AUGAUUUGGAAUCGAUCCAUGAUGAAAUCAAAAGUUGAUGAUAUUGAAGAUCGAUUAUUAAGACUUAAUCAAAUUCUUGAAAUCAAAUUAUCUCAAUUCACUCCGUAUGAUAAGAAACGAGUCAUUACUGAAGUUGAUUUUCUUUUCAAAACCAUUGAAUUAAAACGAAUACAAUUAAGUCAAAAUCGAUUUGAAUUUAAGGGAAAUCCGAUUCCACCUGAAUCUAAUAUGAUCCAAACUAAAGGUAAGAUCGUAAAGACGGGAUUAAACGUUAAUGUUAAUACUUAUAAUGAAUUACUAUUUAAGGAUAUUUCAAACCAACGGUUUAAACUUAGUGUCGAACAAAGUGAGAAACAUGUAUUAUUAUUAGGAGUUGAAUCAAGUAUAAUCGAUCAAGAUAAAUCAAUGAUACCAUCUUCAACUCAUAUUAAACAAGUUAAACAUUCGAUAAUUAACUUGAAAGUUGAAGGACCAAUCUUUAUUCAUGAUGUAUCGUAUAGUAUAUUGAUAUUAAAUUGUCAUCAAUUAAGAUUGCAUAAUAUCACUAAUUGUAUAAUUAUAAUAGAACAAGUGAUGAAUGAUCGUAUAAUUAUUGAGAAUUGUACUGAUUUAUUGAUUAUGGCAAAGAAUGAAGGUCAAGUGAUUGAAGUUGAUGAUUUCAAUUGGCCUACUAAAAUGACAAUCAAUCCUCAUUAUAAGUAUAUUCCGAAUAAUCACCACGAGUACCUAUUAAAUCAAAUCCAUUAUUUACUAACUGAUAUACCUCCUAAUCAAUUACACAAUCAUAUUAGUACUACUUUACUACAAAUUACAUAG